AUGCCGUACAGACUCACUCAGAACCCUUCUCCCUUGAUCCCCUCAGUACCAACUCUUGACGGUAACUCGGUGAUAUUUCCUGCCUGGCGUUCUCGGCUCGAAGAUGUUCUUGCUAUUCAGGGGGUGCUAGAUAUUGUCGAUGGAACAAUCCCUCGUCCGAAGGCCGACUCCGAAACCAAGGCAGUUGUUCGCACCGAAAAAGGCUACAAUCCUGAGGAUUUCCGCUCCGAUUGGGAUACUCUCUCGGACAUAGCUCGAUCUACCAUCAAGCUCACGCUGUCGGUCGAUCUUUCCAUCCGCUACCGAGAUGUCAAGCCAGCGAGCAAGCUGUACCUUUUGAUCUGUGAAGCGUACGAAAAGAACACCCGCGCUCGUCGUCUUCGACUUCAAGACUUGUUUUGGAAUGCAAAACACGACCCAAAUGCUCCGAUUGCAAAGUGGAUUGCAAAGAUUCGCAAUGCCGCUACCGACCUAGCCAGCGUGAAGCUCACCCCAAACGAUCAACAGAUUUGCGACCGUUUACUCAGGGGACUCGAUGAGUCAUGGAAAACAAUUUGCGAUCACUUGGUGUAUUCUCCUUCCGAAGUCUCUCUUGACGACGCCAUCGGCGCUUUAGAAGCCCACGAAGUAUCAACCCAAGUUUCCAAUGAUCCUUUCGACCCCGCAUCCUCGGUCUCAGCAGCUAAAACACAAAGAAAACUCGGCUGUUGGAACUGUGGUCAGAAGGGCCACCACUCUUCCAAGUGUUCCAACCCCUCAAUCAAGAACAAAGCCGGUGCUCAAGCAAAAUCAGCCACAACUCAAGCCGGUUCUGUCUCUUUCGCAACACUUGGCAACUACAAUUCUGAAGCUGAAGACAACGACGACGACAGUUAUGAUGAUGAUGAUUGCGACGUCGUUUGGGGCUAA